CGACGGCGGGAGAUGAUGUAAGACGGCACACUGGCCGGAAAUUUCCGAAAGACACCAACACCUCCUCCACGAUGUCUUGGAUCAUCAGUGAGUACUGGUCAACGACUGUAGCACAUGGCAAAUGAUUAUGAUGUCAAUUCAGAAGGCUUCCUGGAGUCGACGGGGGAUUUUAAAACGAACCGUCGUCUUCCUUAUUUUGCAGGACUGGCCAGCAUCGCAAGCCAACUUAAAUCAGCCUGAACCCCCAAAAUAUUACAACGCCGCCUUGCACAGUAUCGAUAAGCACAGCGGCGCUAGUACUACUUACGAGUCUAUGCUUAUCGAGUCACACCGACGCCUCCGGAACCCACGAAUGCCAAUAGGGAUGAGCACGCGCAAGACUUCGGCAGAUAGACUCCCAGUGGGAAAUUUAACAAGCCCUCAGCUUUUCUUCGACGCCGAGAAAGCGGGCAAGUAUUCCCCCAAUGGUGAUUGCUGUGCCUCCAUUGCUGUGCCUCCGAGUCCAUCCCGUUGGAAAACCCAACGCAUGUCGACGGGACUAAAAAUUGAAAAACUAGAUCCCUUCCAACGGAAGGUCACUUACAGCAAGACCUAA